AUGCUGAUCGCAGUGCGAGCGGAAACAGCAGCAGCAGCAGCAGCAGCAGCAGCAGCAGCAGCAGCAGGAGAAGGCGUGGUGGUGCUGCCAGUGCGAGCAGCAGCACAUGUCAUGACGACGCACCCCUGGCACGGGGUUUCGUACCAGCGGGCUCGAGUCAUGCUAAGCUUCGUGGCUCUACACCUGUUCCAACCAGUGGCAGUCACGGUGCCACACGCAGUGGCUCUAGGACUGGCGGGCAGGCUAGUUUUGAGGCGCCUCAAAACCACACGCAGUGGUUCUAAGACUGGUGGAGGAGAAGUGGCAGCAGAGGUGCAAGAGCUGAGACUGGUGGAGGAAAGGAGUUGUUUCGUUCGACUUACUUCACCUUCUCCCCCUCUCUCCUCCUCUCCCCUCCUACCCCUCUCAGUGGCAGCAGAGGCUAGAGCUGAGACUGGUGGAGUGGCAGCAGAGGCGCUAGAGCUGAGACUGGUGGAGGCUGGGAGGAGAGAGAGGGAGAGGGACGAGGCACAGUUGAGUGGGAAGCAGAGGCAAGACCAGGGGCAGCGGAGGAGUGGCAAGGUGGAGGUGGUGGAUUGGGAAGGGCGCUUUUGUGAGACCUGA